AUGAAGUUUGGUGAGCACCUGAGCAAGUCUCUUAUUAGGCAGUACAGCUAUUAUUACAUUAGUUACGAUGACUUGAAGACAGAGUUAGAAGAUAAUCUAUCUAAAAAUAACGGUCAAUGGUCGCAAGAGCUGGAAACAGAUUUUUUGGAAUCUCUGGAAAUCGAGUUGGAUAAGGUUUACACUUUUUGUAAAGUUAAACAUAGUGAAGUAUUUAGGCGUGUGAAGGAAGUUCAAGAACAAGUGCAACAUACUGUUCGUUUGCUAGACUCCAAUAAUCCUCCUACGCAGUUAGACUUUGAAAUCCUAGAAGAAGAAUUAAGUGACAUUAUUGCCGAUGUUCAUGAUCUGGCCAAAUUUUCAAGACUAAAUUACACCGGUUUCCAGAAAAUUAUCAAGAAGCACGAUAAGAAGACAGGUUUUAUCCUGAAACCAGUUUUCCAGGUUAGGUUGGACUCCAAGCCAUUCUUUAAAGAAAACUACGAUGAAUUAGUCGUUAAGAUCUCUCAGUUGUAUGAUAUUGCUAGGACUUCAGGGCGCCCAAUCAAAGGUGACUCAUCAGCUGGUGGGAAACAACAGAAUUUUGUUAGACAAACGACGAAGUACUGGGUUCAUCCUGAUAACAUUACGGAAUUAAAAUUAAUCAUUUUGAAGCAUUUGCCGGUGUUGGUUUUCAAUACGAAUAAAGAAUUCGAAAGGGAGGAUUCUGCGAUCACUUCUAUUUACUACGAUAAUGAAAAUUUGGAUCUUUAUUAUGGUAGAUUAAGAAAAGAUGAAGGUGCAGAAGCCCAUAGGUUAAGAUGGUAUGGAGGUAUGUCUACAGACACAAUAUUUGUAGAAAGAAAGACCCAUAGAGAAGAUUGGACCGGUGAAAAAUCCGUCAAGGCGAGAUUUGCACUAAAGGAACGUCAUGUUAACGACUUUUUAAAGGGUAAAUAUACUGUGGAACAGGUUUUCGCUAAGAUGCGCAAAGAGGGUAAGAAGCCAAUGAAUGAAAUUGAAAAUUUGGAGGCUUUAGCAUCAGAAAUUCAAUACGUCAUGUUAAAGAAAAAGUUGAGGCCUGUAGUUAGAUCAUUUUACAAUAGAACUGCUUUCCAGUUGCCUGGUGAUGCGAGAGUUCGUAUUUCACUUGAUACGGAGUUGACUAUGGUGAGAGAAGACAAUUUCGAUGGUGUUGAUAGAACCCAUAAGAAUUGGAGAAGGACCGAUAUUGGUGUUGAUUGGCCAUUUAAGCAACUGGAUGACAAAGACAUCUGUCGUUUUCCAUAUGCAGUCUUGGAAGUUAAAUUGCAAACACAAUUGGGCCAAGAACCUCCGGAGUGGGUGCGUGAAUUAGUUGGAUCCCACUUAGUUGAGCCCGUUCCAAAGUUCUCCAAGUUCAUUCAUGGUGUAGCUUCCUUACUAAAUGAUAAAGUCGAAUCAAUUCCAUUUUGGUUGCCACAAAUGGAUGUAGAUAUCAGGAAACCUCCAUUACCUUCAAACAUCGAAAUAACAAGACCAGGUAGGUCUGAUAACGAAGAUGAUGACUUCGAUGAAGAUGAUGAGGAUGACGCUGCUUUGGUUGCCGCCAUGACAAAUGCUCCCGGUAAUUCUCUCGAUUUAGAAGAAUCUGUUGGAUAUGGGUCUACUUCUGCACCUCCUUCCAACCCUAAUCAUGUUGUCGAGAGUGCCAAUGCUGCUUACUAUCAAAGAAAGAUUAGGAACGCAGAAAAUUCUGUCUCCAAAGCAUACUACGAGAUCGUGGCAUUUUUCGACCACUAUUUCAAUGGUGAUCAAAUAUCAAAAAUUCCAAAAGGCACCACAUUUGAUACUCAAAUUUGUGCUCCACCAGGGAAGACAAUAUGUGUCCCAGUUCGUGUGGAACCAAAAGUUUACUUUGCGACUGAAAGAACAUAUCUGUCUUGGUUAUCCAUCUCGAUAUUGUUGGGCGGUGUCUCCACUACUUUAUUGACCUAUGGUUCACCAACAGCCAUGAUUGGUUCGAUCGGAUUUUUUAUUACUUCAUUAGCUGUGUUGAUACGUACCGUUAUGGUUUACGCUAAGAGAGUAGUAAAUAUUAGGCUAAAGAGAGCGGUCGACUAUGAGGAUAAGAUUGGUCCCGGCAUGGUUUCUGUGUUCUUAAUUUUAUCCAUCUUAUUCUCCUUCUUCUGCAACCUAAUUGCUAAGUGA